AUGAUGAAGCCUUCAAGCUCAUCCUCAAUGGGGAAGAUAUGGAUCGAGGUCUGUUUAAUUUCAGCUCGAGGGCUGCCUCGUUCUUCGCUUUGGAAGUUUCAAUGGUAUGCCGUUGGUUGGAUUGAUCCCAACAACAAGUACUGCACCAAGAUUGAUGCUUCUGGGAACCCGAAUCCUUUGUGGAAGACCAAGUUUACAACUGUUGUUGAUACCUCUGAAUCAGAGUUCCAGGAUAUGGCGCUGCAUAUCGAAGUUUACAGCAGGGAUCACCUCUUUCUCAGAGAAAAACUGCAGGGCACUGCAACUGUUAACUUAAGGGAGUUUUUGGCUAAACACUGCAAGAACUCUGAGGGCUCAAAACAGGGAAGUGAAGAUGUAGGAAGCUUCCAGUUGAGGAGGAAGAACUCUAAUAAACCUCAAGGCUUUAUUGAUGUCUCUAUCAGAUUAUCAGAAGAAAAAGAAGGAACAAGCUCAAGUUUUUUUUUAGGCAAUGAGGAUGGAUUUAACUUACGGGACAGCAACAAUGGCAUUACAAUGGCAACUAAUGGAGGACCAUUGCAAGCUCACUUAGCAGGAUACCCUGAACCACAAUUUCCCCAAUCUGGGAAUGCAAUGCCAUACCCGAGGAACUACACUGUUGCCGGGCCAAGUUAUCCAGCAGCCACGGGCCCAACUUACUCGACAAACAGUUCGAACUCAUCUGUUGGUAGGCCAUAUUAUCCACCAACCAGUAACCCUGGUUAUCCUCCACCUCCGCAACAUGCGCCACCUCCACCACCACCACCACCUUCCCAUGUUGGUUAUGUACCCACUUUUCUUCCACGAACUAAUGACCCAUCCACAUCAUACAUUAACAUGCCAUCAUCUGGAGUAGGACGAGGUGCUGGCCCAGGGUUUGGUGUGGGUUUGGGAGCUGGAGCACUAGCAGCUGGUGCUGUGAUAUUUGGUGAUGAUUACAUGUCAGGAUUUCAACUUCCAGCAGUAGGAAUGAACAAUGCUAGCCUUACCAUAUCAACUGAUCCUCCUUUCUGAUAAAAGAUUACACUUCCUCUGAUGUAAACUGCAAAUUGUAAUGUUAAAAGGCAUCUUUUGGUUUCA